AAUAUUUUAUUAAAUAAUAUUUCUGGUCAAGUUUUAUAUGAAUGUAAAGAGUCUAUUCAAAAAAAUAUUUCUGCCACAGAUAGAAGAAUAACGAUGUAUACGUUUUUACGAAAUGUGAGUGAUAAUUUUUUGAAAUAAGGUCACGGCAUAUGUUAACACAAUUUCAAUAACGAAGUCUUCAGAAAUAGCGAAUUAGACUGCAGAUUAAAUAUACUCUGAUUGUAGUGUGUUUAUCCCUAACCUAGGCUUUUCACGAGGAAACGGGUUGUAUACAGAUUAAAAUUAACGAAUAGUCUUUAACCUCUUUCUCAUUCAACUGAUUUUCAUUUUCAAGGUUGAAGAAAAGGUAAAAAAAUGCGAAAUUCCUAAUAACGAUAAGCGUAAUCAAUUUAAGCAACUGGAACAAGAUUACAAAAAUUUAUUGGACGUAACGAUUCAAUUAACGAAAUUACUCCAAACUAAUUUGGAGGAACAAGCGAAAAAUGUUCAUUUAGUAUUAACGCAAUGCGAAUUUUUACAUCCUACUCUAUUUCAACCGAUUAUUAAACGAAGAUUGAGCGUAUCUACGCAAACUAUAAGAUCGUUGGACAGUUCUCAGACUGUCGAACAUACCACUACGGAUAAUCAAGAAAAAAUAACAGGUGUUAACACUUCAGUUUCAAUAUCACCACUCAAUAUAAUUCAAAAUGAGGUGAAGCACGUCUUGGAGAAUGUCGUGAAUAAUGUGUUGAUAUUGGAAAGCGAUAGAAUGCAAAGAAAUGUCGAAAAUAACAUUCAAGACAUCAAAAUACUAUUAGAAGAUAUAAUUCAAGAAAUUUUAUUAUCUUUGGACGAAAAACAACCGCCUCGAGAAAAGAGUUUUCAAGUUCUUCCGAAUAAGACAGAUACUGCCACGAUUUUAGACAAAACGGACUGCGGUAAUUCCGAAAAAAUAAAUUUAAUCGAUAGGGAUUCGAUUUUCAGAAAAAAAAGUAAAUUUGAGGUUAAACAACCAAUAAAACGGAAAGGAGCUUCGAAAACUGGAGUUUCGAAAGGGAAACAUUUUCCGAAAACUCCUUUAUGUUAUUUAGAAAUAUGUCGUAAAAAUCAGGAUGAUCCGUCGUUACCUUGCAAAUGUAUGAAAUGUUUGCCAGAACAAAACAGAUAUUAUUGUUCUUGUUAUGAUUUAAUAUGUAAAGAUAUAGACGAAGAAAUUAUCGGUAUUACAACGUUCAAGAACACGCGGACGCAAGAAAAUAUAACAAAUGAUUUAAAAGAAACACAAAAUGGAACAGAUAUUUGUAAGAUUUGUGAUGCUCAAAAAUGUAGUUGCGCUUUCCAAUCUCGACCCAAAAUUGGUAGAUCUCCACCGGUGUGA